GCCGGGCGCGGGGCCGGGGAGGAAGAGACAAAAAGUAGUUUCCCCUCCUCCUGCCUCUCCCCUCCUCUCGCUCGCUGGUCCCGCCUCCUCCUCCGAGUUCGCCAGACUCGUCGAUGCGUUUGGGUUGCAGGAAGGCUUUUUCUGUUCGCUUUUUUUUUUUUUUUAAUACCCAGAAGAGGAAAAACAACCUUCGGAUCUGAUUUUCCCCUCCUCGUCCCGGUGCUCGGUUCCUACUGCGUUUGUGCGUUUAAACGGCGAGAAGACGAGGGGGAACAAAACCCGCCGGAGCAAGCCAUCACGGGGGGGGGGGGUAAUUUUUCCGUUUUUCCUCAUAAUUUUUUUUUUUAAAAAAGAAACAACCACUCUUCACGAUGAACAAACUGUAUAUCGGGAACCUCAGCGAGAGCGCCGCGCCCGCGGACCUGGAAAGUGUGUUCAAGGACGCCCAGAUCCCGGCGUCCGGACCCUUCCUGGUCAAGACCGGCUACGCCUUCGUGGACUGUCCGGACGAGAGCUGGGCCCUCAAGGCCAUCGAGGCGCUUUCAGGUAAAGUGGAGCUGCACGGAAAACUCCUGGAAGUGGAGCACUCGGUCCCCAAAAGGCAAAGGUUUCAGGAGCUAGAAGAAUUAGAUACUUGCUUUGAAGAAGUGAAGUGUGGUGGCUUUCACUUUGUUCUGUCUCAGACUCUCGCUGUGCUGCAGUGA